AUGUGUGGAUAUCUGAAUAUGUUUUGUUGCUCCGAUAGCGAUUUGUCUCCUGAACUGCAGGGGCAGUAGCUGCGGCGAGCGCACACGGAGAGGGAACACAGAGGAAGCAGGCCAGCGAGUCGAGAAGUCGAGCUUUCAUUUGACAGGAUGGCAGCAGACUGGUUGGGCAGCCUUGUUUCAAUCAACUGUGGGGCGACUUUAGGAGUGUACCAAGGAGAGGUCUCUUCAGUUGAUCAGUCCAGCCAAACCAUCUCCCUCAGACAGCCGUUUCACAAUGGAGUCAAGUGUCCAGUGCCUGAGGUCACUUUCAGUGCUAUGGACAUCAAAGAACUCAAAAUCUUGGAAAUCCGUAAUGGCUCCAAUGGAGUCACAAAGCGAAGUGUUGCUGAUGCAAACUCCUCCUCAUUUGGCUACAAUGGACGCAAGGACAAGGGAGGGGGUUGUGCGGGUGGUGCCCAGGUCAACAGUGCUCCUGUGACUGUGCCGAGUAAAGCUGAACCCAGAGUCCAGGAGGGGGGAAUGUCUCCUGCACAGCACUAUUCCAAAAGCUAUGGAGAGCGCCAUGUAGACAUGGCGGGGCAGAAUAAAGGGUUCAGACGAAGACACAAUUCCUGGUCCUCUAGCAGUAGGGGUCCAAAUCAAGCCACCCCGAAGAAGAACGGGUCAAAGAAUGGUCAGAUGAAGAAUAAAGACGAUGAAUGUUUUGGUGACGGCAUGGAUGACGUCCUUGAUGAGGACUUUGACUUUGAAGGCAACUUGGCUCUCUUUGACAAAGCAGCUGUCUUCUCACAGAUUGAGUCAUCCGAUCGGCGAGGAAAUGGCUCCCGGUCACGGGGAACUCCUGCAGAGCAGACGCCCUCACGCUACCGCCAUGACGAAAACAUUCUAGAAGCCAAGCCUGUCGUCUACCGGCAGAUUAUUGUGCCUCAGCCAGGGACAAACGAGUAUAGCACUGACUCAGGGCUGGUGGUCCCCAGUAUUUCAUACGAGUUGCACAAGCGCUUGCUAAGUGUGGCAGAAAGUUAUGGUCUCUCUCUGGAGCGCAGGCUGGAGAUGACUGGUGUGUGUGCAAGCCAGAUGGCACUUACCCUGCUCGGAGGCCCAAACAGACUGACCCCUAAGAAUGUGCACCAGCGACCAACAGUGGCGCUGCUUUGUGGGCCACAUGUACAAGGAGCUCAGGGGAUCAGCUGUGGCCGCCACCUGGCCAACCAUGAAGUGGAGGUUGUCCUCUUCCUCCCUAACUUUGUUAAGAUGCUGGAAGCUAUCACCAGUGAAUUAACACUGUUCAGCAAGACGAGUGGAAAACAAGUUUCCAGCAUUAAAGACUUACCAGAUACCCCAGUGGACCUGGUCAUAAACUGCCUCGACUCUCAUGAGAACACUUUCCUGAGGGACCAGCCGUGGUACCGCGCUGCUGCUGACUGGGCUAACCAGAACCGAGCCCCUGUACUGAGUAUAGAUCCUCCAGUGAACGGGCAGGAACAAGCUGUAGAGGCUAAGUGGUCCCUGUCCCUGGGGCUUCCGCUUUCUCUGCCGGAGAGAGCAGGCCGUGUUUACCUGUGUGACAUAGGCCUUCCCCGGCAAGUAUUUCAGGAAGUGGGCAUCAAGUACCACUCCCCCUUUGGCUGUAAGUUCGUUAUCCCACUGCACUCAGCGUAAGCAGACUGUAGCCCUCAUCCGUGACCUAUUCUGUCAGGGUACAGGGUCGUUGAGCCAGAACCUGCCUUAAAUUCCUUUUCUUUUUUUUAUUUUCCAAGCUGGUGAACAGAGGUAAGUGUAAGCCUUGCAAUGAUCAAGCUCCAUUAUGGUACUGAAUCCAGCAUUUUUUUUUUUUUUUGGUGUCUUUUUUUUUUUUUUUUUUUUUUUGAAGCUACAUAAUGAUUGACAAACACAGAAGAGAGGUGGAAUGUGAGGCUCCAGUGAAAGGGAAGAAGAGCAGAGGACAGCAGCUUGCCCAUGGCUGCGUCCUCCCACCAGCCUUCUGUGGAACCAGCAUUGAGCCUCUGCCAGCUUCUACGUUUAAUUUUAAUUUGAACAGUUGUUUGGGUGAUGCUUCAUAGUCUUUCCAGACUAAAGGUGUGGUUUGACCUUUUAUGGCUCAGAUCUGUUUGCACAGAGACACAAUUUUUCAACUUUUUUGUAAAAAUCUCAUUAUAACAGACACUGCUUGGGACUCACAUUUUCAGUGGUAAUGCUGAUUUGCUUAGAUUCUUUUUUUUAUGUUCAUCAUCUCAAGUUCUUUUGUAGACAGACUCACUUUAGCCUCAUACUGAAAAGGUAAAUAUCUGUUGCAUAUGGGGAUUUCCUUUUUUUUCAAGCUGGUGCCAGUAUGAUCAAAGUCAGCACUAAAACACUGAAAGAGCACAAGGCAGUUUAUUUCUUUAUUUUAAAGGCAGAAGUCAAAGCCUUGUUUGGCUGUCUGUUGACCAAGUAUUGUGGGAUCUACAGUAACUGGCUUAAUGUGAUGAGAGCUUUUUCAGUACUUCACUGCCUGGUUUUAUUCAUUGGGCAGGAGUGAUUGGCUAAUUUAAACUAAUACGUUUCUUUUCGGCAAAACUGAUUUAUACCAACAGAUGUUACUCAGAGUUUAUUGAAAGGCUUAUUUUUAUGAAUUGAGGAAUAAUUUGUGUGUCUGAUAUGACAGUGUUGUAUGGCAUUAAGUAUGCUUAAUUUGGAAUGACAGCGUACACAAUGAUGAUAACAUUCGGACCCCUUUACAUGGGGAAUUUCAUUCUGAAUGGAAUGCAGAUGAUAAGCUGAUUCUAACUGAAAGGUUUAAAGCGAUGCAUCUCUUUAAGAGGAUAUUUCCAUUCAAAAAUUGGAUUUGCUGGGGGAAAAUAUUUAUGAACUUGUAAGUUGUUUGCAAUAUUUCCAGGUAAACACAGUGUUUCAAAAGAAACAAAGCUUUGUGGAAAUAUUUCAUUCUUCAGCUGUUUCAAGGGAGUGACGUCUUGCUUUCUUCACACUAGUUAUCUUUUGCAGGAUACGUUUUUUUUUAAGUAUGUGAUAAUUUUCUGAUUCGUGCAGCUGUUAUUCUACCUGUCUGUUUGUUGUAUGACAUUUUGUCUUUUUGAAGUUUGCACUUAGACUUGUUUGUUUGUCAGCUGGGGAACCUGGAGACGUCACAGCUUGCAAUUUUACUUGGUUGAACCCCCCAUAUAAUGCAGUCUUUUGGAAAGAGUGAUGGUGUUCAACAAAGAUGCCUCAGAUGCCUCAAAUGCCACUGUUGACAGUGAUCUAUGUCUAAAAGGAAACUCAUAAGCAGCUCUUCUGUUUUAUUUAGAAAAACAUUCUGUCCCCCCAUUAUCUCCAGUGACAGUGGUACUAAAGCGACUGUUUAGUGGACCUCAGAUGGGCCAACUUUUGUGAAAUUUGCAAAGAUGUUGCGUACGUGUUUGUGUACAUGGUUAUAUGUGGCAAGCAAAAGGCAAGCAAGUGCAUUUGUACAUGUUGCUUCUUUAAUGGAGGACGAUAUUAAUACAUUGCAUAUCAUACGUUUUUUCCCUUCCUGCUGUAGUCUCCAUUUGUGGUUAUAUCCAACAUAGUGUUUGCUGAUGCAAUGAAGAUCUUGCAUUAAUCAGUGGAGAAGAAGGAUCUUAAAGGAUGGUGUUCAAGAUUACACUGUCUGUUUUAAUGGAAUACAAAUGGUCGACUACAUUGUUUUUAUCUCUCACCUAUCGGGAGGAGUGUAAGAAUGUGUAUGCACGCUAGGCAUCGUGCUGUCGUAGUGAAAACACUGCUGAAGGCAGUUGGAAAAAAGUGCCAAAUGCACAUCAUGGUUUUGUCUAGUCAUUGGUGUAUCUGGACAUUUAAAUGGGUCAAAUAUGAUGACUACAGUAGCACUAGCUACAGUUCUAUAUGUGUAUAAUUAAAACUUCAUUUUUCUGGCUGAAGGGUGACGUGUAGUAUCAGCACAGACCAGGUAGGGAUACUCAAGCAAUUACUCUCACUUGUCCAGCUGAAAAUGAGACCUCAGCCUUGUAAUUCAAGGUCAACUGUUCUGUUGUUCUCUAGGUCGUUUCAUGACCUUUCACGAUAUUACAUGUAGUAAGUGGACCUUCAACCUAUGCAGCUAUGAAGCAAUGUGGAAUCAGAAUAUUCGCUAAUGUUUGUGUAUUUCAAGCCAGGAGGCUUUCUGUAAGCCAGUCUGAUCAUAGACUGGUCUUUUUUCUUUGUUUAUUUUCUUUUUUUUCUAGGGCUGAACGAUUUGUGCAAAGCGUCUGACCAGUAUGCAAUUUAAAUUUUGAUUAUGUUCUAGGCCAAGACAAUGAGCACAUCCACUUUACUGGCUUUAAUACUGAUUGUAGGUGUGCCAGACUGCCAGUUGGUUGCGGUUGUGCCAAUGUUCGGAUCAUUGCUUCUGAUCCGUCUAACUCAUCUACAAGAGUUUCAUAAGCUCCUUGAUAUUAGGUUGAACUUCACCAAUUUAAGACAAAUUGUUCAUAAGUAAAUAAUUACAGGUCUUACGAUUUGAAAUUUGCACUUUCAGUUGUUCAGCCGCAGUAUAAUGUAAUGAAUCUUUCAGCCCUGCCUUUUUCUGAAGCUGGCUUUCUACAAUUUAGGUCUAAUUUGCUGCUUGUAUAAGAUUUUGCAUCUGCAGCCCAACAAGUGCUUUGUAAGCAGGAAAAUGCUUCAGUGGAAUCUUCCUGAUAUUCCUAAAGAAUGACUUUAGUUGUUCCUCUGCGUUCGAUUAACCUCAUUUUAAAAGCUCAGCAACAUUUGGAAUUUUGGGAAUCUAUAAUUAAGCUAGAAAUUGUUUUUGUGUCGAGAGAUGCAGAGCUUCAUUUUGCAGAGAGGACAGUUUCCUCGUGUUGUAUGUCUUUUUUUUUUUUUUUUUUUUUUUUUCCCUCCAGCCUUCACCAGUUGGCUAUAAUUCAGUCAGAAACCACUCCAGAGGUCACUGCUGGAUGAUUUUGCAUUUGAACUGUAACAGUGCGCGUGAUGUCCGUGCACUGAGUUUACGUAGUUGGGUGCAAAGGAUGCACUUGUAUGUCAAGCAUUCCUAAAUGUGAGGUUUAACUCGUUUUCAGGGGCUUUUUUUUUUUCCUCGUUACUCCUGAAACAGACCAAUAACUGACUGAGCCUCUCAACUGUUCUGGCAUUUGGCUAUAAUGUAUAGCUCUGAUGCUUUAGUAUUUCAUUUUUUUUUCUUGUCAUAUGCUGUUCUCAUAAGAACUGAUGUCUAUUUCCGAGUUCUCAAGGUUUCUUCUUUUUCUCGAAUUUUGUUCUUUCAAUAUGUGAAGUGGACGGUGUCGGCCAAGACAGUUGGUGUUGGGCCCUGGCCAGAAAAAGCCCAUAUUAGGUCAUGGGCCUUGUAUUGUGUCCAGUCAUGUUCACUGAUCAGAUUAAAAAGGUUCUGAAUAUGCUUCAGUUUUCUCUUUUGCUGAUAUUUUCUUUUUGUUGUCUGUUCUGACAAAAGCAUGCAACAGAAGUCACUUCACAAUCUGAUUCAUUGUUUUGAACACCUCUUUAUAAAGAAUCGCAAGCUAUAACCUAGCACAUGACUACUUUGUGACUUGUUUUGGGGAGGAACAGAUCUGAUAAUCAUGCAUAAUGUUGCUGUUCUGAGUGGUUUGGGUGUCCAUACAUAGGUAUUAACCCCUUAACCUCUCAGUAGGAUGUUAACUGAGACUGAAUGAAUAAAGGGAACGAAUAAGCA